CCCGAGCGGUCAGGAUGACGUCGUUCCACUGCGCAACAUGUCCGCGAGCGAAAGCGAUACACGGUGCCGUUGAUCGCUGCUGCUAUCUCGGAAUGUUUUGUCAGGCGGCCAUAUUUACAUUCGUCGCUUUGGCUUCUUCGGGAGAAACGCGAGAGCCAUAGACAAGGCCGCGGGGUACCUAGUAACGCGACUCCCUUUAUCGUGAUCCUCGGCUAUUACGUAAUAUUGAUUGCGGAACGUGUGGGUGAAAUUUCGGACGGUUUAGGAACGUACUGUCAUCUGUUCGUUUCUCUUGACGUUUCGAAGCUUUCGAAGCGUUCGAUUCGGCCAAUCGGAGCAAAGAACUCUGUCCUUUUCUUCGCUUUUUUUCUCAGCUGUCAAACGAGCCUGACGUAUAUUAUAUUAUAGGCUGAUUACAACGAAAAGCGUAUAAUUAACGAAAUAAAAAUGCUUCGCGGAUACGAGGGUGUGAGAUAUAUUUCGGAUAAGCAGAUGAUAAUUUUUGAUAUUGGUAGUGCCUACACAAAAUUUGGCUAUGCGGGAGAAGUUUCUCCACGUGGUAUCAUUCGAACAGAAGUGAGAUGUCCAGAAUCCAAAAAGAUACGCAGAAUUAUUGAUCAUACGGAUGUCGAGGACUUGUAUCAACUUCUUGUAGAAUUUCUUCAUCUAUUGUUCUUCAAAUACGUUGUGGUUAGUCCAAAAGACACAAGGAUAUUACUUUUAGAAUCACCAUUGGCAGUGACGUCGUUUAGAAAUACCCUCGCAAAAGUGAUGUUCAAGCACUUCGAAGUUGGUUCUAUACUGUUUCUACCGAGCCAUUUAGCAACAAUUAGCACUCUUGGUAUCGAUACAGCUUUGAUCCUAGAUGUAGGAUAUCAAGAUGCAACUUUAAUUCCUAUCUUUGAAGGAAUACCCGUACUCAAGGCUUGGCAAGCUCUGCCUCUGGGUGGACAAGUUGUACACGAAAACUUAAAAAGAUAUUUCAACAAUAUAUCGAGCGAUACAGAUUUAUCGGAAAAACUGCUAGAAGAUAUCAAAGUAAGAACAUGUUUUGUAACUACAUUGGAAAGAUCUGCAAAGUUGGGAACAAAGGACGCUCCUACUCCACCUCCUGAUGUUACAUAUCCAGGUGUUCAAAGAAUUUUGAUACCUGGAGAGAUUAGAGAAAAGGCGUUUGAAGUACUAUGGGAAAGGGACAAUGAUAAUCUCUCGUUGCCGACUAUGAUACUUGAUGCUAUUGUUAAAUGUCCUUUGGAUAUGAGGAGAGUAUUGGCUGAAAAUAUAGUACUCGUUGGUGGAACAACUAUGGCAAAGGGUUUUGUAAGUCGCUUAAAAUCGGAAUUACUGGCUUUAGUCCAAAGCGAUUUGUAUGAAAGUAAAUUAAAAGUACAGUCAUUUAAAUUUCACACAGCACCUAGUAAAGCAAAUUAUACAGCAUGGUUAGGUGGUGCUAUCUUUGGCACAACAGAUUUACCAUUGCGAUGUUUAACAAAAGAAAUAUAUUUAAAAACGAAUCGAGUUCCUGAUUGGCCCAAUCUUAUAGAUAAUCAAAAAGACGAAACAUCUUACGAAGUAUAAAUGAAUAUGCUGCGAUUUAUCGACUUAUAAAAAAGCAAUUUAUACUUAUAAUUAUUUAUAAUUCGAUAUUUUGUAUAUAUAAUUGUGAUUGUAUCAUUGUAGAAUACUAUUUAAUUAAUAUAAUCAUUUUUUAAAAA